UCAGGCAGCGAGCUGUGUCAACGAGAGCAUGGCAAAAGACGGGUAAGAGUCUCCGAUACACUCGUCGUAUAGGGGAUACAAAGGUAUAGAAAUAAAUCGAGCUUGGGAGAUGUUUCGUGUGAGAUUGGUCGCGAGCGCACAAUGAAUUUGUCGUUAUUCCCAGAAGAUGAUAUGUCAGACAAGGAAGGACCACGCAAUGACACACGGGGGUGGGCGAGAGGCCACACAAAAGGAUCGAUGGCAAGACGAACAGGCAAUGACGACCUCAGAAGGCAGAUGUCAAUAGAAUGGUUUGGCAAGCAAAGAGAAGAGAAGAGUCAGGCGGUGGCCCGACGGAUGACGAUUCUGUUUCCACUGGGCACCGCGCAGAACUCACCCAAACCCAAUCUUUCUUGGUGUGGGCUUGAUAUCACGGUAAGGCGGCAAGGGCCAUCCUUUUCGACCCUUACCUCUGCCACUCGGCGGAGGGCUCCCAAGGAUAGCGGGGGGGGGGGGGGGAGAAGAAGAAGCACUGCAGACUCGGCAAUCGUCCUCUUGCACGGUUCGAAACGAAGGAGCCUCUCCUCUGCCCAAAGGGAGGUGCCGCCCGAUCAACCUCGCCUCUGAGGUAGGCUGUACGGUGGCCAACCAAGCGGCCGCUGGGCGGCAUGGCGGCGACUUGCGAGGGGCCUGGC